AUUGUGCGCCGAUGCGGAUGUCAAGCUGUCAAAUUUUUGUUACUUGACAGCCGUUCGGCCAUUUUCUUUCGCGCUUCCGCACGACAGCUCUUUUUCGUCGGUGCUUUGCUUGUAAACGAGGCAUUAAAAACGAGUCACAAUGCAGUUGUGCUUCAGAGGAUUAUCAACACACGUGUUGGAAUGCCAAGGCACCGAGACUAUCGGUGAAAUUAAGGCACAAAUUGCUGGUUUGGAAAACCUGACUGCUGGCGAUAUUUCCCUGUACGCCAACGGCAGCCCUGUUCAGGAUGACAGCUUUGUCUCCCUGUUUGAAGACACAGACAUUGAAUUGACUGUUGGAUUGUUGGGUGGUAAAGUGCAUGGUUCUCUUGCUCGUGCUGGUAAGGUAAAGGGACAGACACCUAAGGUAGAGAAGCAAGAAAAGAAGAAGAAGAAGACCGGCCGCGCGAAGAGACGCAUCCAAUACAACAGGCGAUUCGUCAAUGUUGUGGCACAAUUCGGUCGUCGUCGUGGACCCAAUUCCAACACUCAGUAAACAAUGAGUUUAUUGCUUAUCAAAUGUAUGUUAAGGUGUCUGCAACCUAAGAUCGUGUUGCCUUUAUAUAAAUUAAUAAAAACUUAUUAAUUAA